GAAAAUGUAACGAAAUUCUACACAGAACCACAUUCAGUCACUCACCUGCAUUCACGUAGUCUCUUUUUACUCCAGAAAAAAAAUUAACUUUUGAAUUAAACAUUUUUUAAGUGAAUUUGACUUGAUGCUGAAAAUGAAGGUAUCCGGACUCGUUUUGGCCAUUUGUUUGGCGGUGGUCGUCAAGUCUCAAUUAAUCGAUUACGACGAAUUGGCCGGUGAUUACGGACUGCGUAAAUUAUCCAAGAAAUUUCAACGUUCCACUCAGACUGGAGGCUACCAACAACAGCAAACGGCCGGCAAUUCAGGCUACAACAACCAACAACAACAACCGGGAAAUUACGGACAGCAGCAACAGCAGAGCAGCGGAGCAACAGGUUACCCGCAACAACAACAGGCAACAACACCAGCAGCACCAGCAAAUUAUCAACAACCCCAACAAUCCUCUACAGGAGGUUAUCAACAACCCCAACAGGCUCCUGCUGGAGGUUAUCAACAAGCGGCCAAUUCCGGAUACCAACAAGAGAAUCAGAAAGCAUCCGCCGGAUCCUACCAGAACGAGAAACCUGCCGCCGCUUACGGUAAGGACAACGGAGCCAGCAGCAACUCUUACGACACCAAGGAAAAGGGAAUGCCGUACGAUUUCUCCUGGGCCGUCAAAGAUGAGCCGAGCAACAACGACUACGCCCAUCAAGAGAAAAGCGACGGCCAAGUCGUCACCGGAUCUUAUCGAGUUUUGCUUCCGGAUGGACGCACUCAGAUCGUCACGUAUCGAGUCGAGGGAGACAGCGGAUUCGUGGCUCAAGUCAAAUACGAAGGCGAAGCCAAACCCUAUGUUCCUCCGGCUAAAACCAACAACAACAACAAUUACGAUUCCGCCGCUUCCGGAACUACUGGCUACCAACAGCAACAAGGAUCUACUUCCGGUGGAUCAUCUUAUGGCAGCUCUUCUUCCGGCUACGGCACUCAACAAGGAACAGCUUCAGCUUCAUACGGACAAGUACCAACGCAGUCAGCAGCCGGAUCUUCUUCCCAGGGAUCCUACGACGCUGUUCAGAAACCGGCAACAAGCGUCUACGUGCCUCCAGCUGCCCAGCCACAAUCCAGCAACAAUUACGGAGCGGCUGGUGGUGCCGCUGCUGCUGGGAGUGGUGGGUAUGGAUCUACCAGCCAAUCGGCCGAAUACCAACAACAGCAACAACCAGCAUCCAGCAGCUAUGGAGCUGCUGCUCCUACAAACGGCCAGAAUAGUUACGGGUCAUCCUCCCAGCAAGGAGGAUCGGCUUAUGGAAACAGUGGCAAUGCCCAGCAGAAACCUUCCGACAGUUACUUGCCUCCUCCACCUCCUCCUGCAGCCGCUGCUUAUUCGGCUGGAUCAUCGGCCAGCUACGGAGGUCAACAGUCUUCUUCUUCAUCCAAUUACGGCGAUGCUGCAGCACCUGCCCAGCAAGGAUCAUCUUACGAACAGAAUAAGCCCAGCGACAGUUACCUGCCACCCCCACCAGCCCCUGCUGCUAACGCUUAUCCUUCAGCCAGUGCUGGACAAGGAUCUGCCGGCAACUACGGAGCUGCUCCCCAACAACAAUCUUCAUCGUACGGAUCGACGCAAUCAUCAGCUGCUGCUUCUUACGAGAAACCCAGCGACAGCUACUUACCCCCACCUGCUGCUGCCACUUCAGCAAGUGCUGGACAAGGAUCUGCCAAUUACGGAGUUCAAUCUUCGGCUUCAUACCAAGAGCCCAGCAGCAGUUAUUUGCCUCCUCCUCCUCCUUCUCCUGUCUACCAGCAGCAAGCGUCUGCCCAGCAGCAAGCGACGCCGGCCUAUCAAAGCAACAGCGCCCAGACACCGGCAGACACUUACCUGCCACCCACUGCCACCUAUCAAUCAGCUGCUGGCCCAACAGCCUCCAAUUACGGAGCCGCUCAACAACCCGGGUACAACCAACCGUCCGCAAUCAGCAAACCAUCCGAUAGUUACCUGCCACCGACGGCCGUUUUCCAGCAAUCGGCCGCUUCCGCAGGAUCGUAUUCCAUGAGCCAAGGAAACGGUUACAGCAGCCGACAAGGAUUGGCCGGCAGCACGGAAGAAACGACGACGUACAGCAGCAGCAUUGCCGACGGCCAGUUGUUUCACGGCGAUUACCACCAGAAAGUGGCGUCGUCUACAACAACAGCGUCGUAUGGCGAAGCGGCGUCCACUUUCUACAAUCAGCAAGGAUUUGCUUCAUCGGGAACCAACGGCCCCGCCGCUUCUUCUUCUUCUUCCACCGCCAAUUAUCCAGCAGGUAACGCCCUUGGCGCUUCAACGGCCAAUAGUUACAACCGAGCUCGGUCUGUCGUCUAUUCUCCUGUAGGAUGGCGUUUAUUUUAACUCCUUUAAGUGCCUUUAUCCAAAAAGAUAUAAAAAUUAGAAAGCCAAUCGCCAUUCGGCCAUUCGGGAAUAACAUCCCAUUUAUUAGUACUUUUUAGCUUAAUCAAUAACAAAUGGCUUAGUAAUAUUUACAUUUAAUAAUAGUAAUAAUUAAUCAUCGUCUCUAUAUUUCCCGAUGCUGCUGUUUCAUCCCCACUCAAUUUAUGUAUACGUACUAUCAAAUUACUAUGGAAAAUAAUACACUUGUGCUCAGCAUUUUUACAAAUAA